CAGAGUCACAGAAACAUGAAGAAGUUGUUUCUCCUGUGUCUUUUACUUGUUGGAAUUAAUUCCAACAGUUAUUGCUAUGAGCCUAAUCACCAAGGGGUAAGAAAUCAAAAUCAAAGAGCCCAAGGAAACCGAAACAUGCCAUGGCAAAGUGUAAGGAACAGUGUUUGUCGAUUUGCAUGUUGUUUCUACAAAGAGAUUUCUUCUUACGAAAACAAUCAGAAUGUUUUCUUCUCUCCUUUGAGCAUCUCUACUGCCUUUGCAAUGCUGACUCUGGGUGCCAGAUCAGACACCCUGACACAGAUUCUUAGGGUCCUUUGCUUUAACCCACGUGAGAUUUCUGAAAACGACAUACAUGAAGGUUAUCGUCAACUCAUGCAAAUGGUAAACAGAAAGAAUGCGGGCUUACAGUUGAAUAUGGGAAAUGUUCUGUUUGUGCUUGACCGACUGAAGCCACAAGAAAAAUUUUUAAGUGAUCUCAGAAACUUUUAUGAAGGAGAAGCUUAUCCCAUGAACUUCAAGAAGGCUGAUCAAGCCCAGCAAAAAGUCAACAAAUAUGUAGCAGAAAGAACCAAUGGAAAAAUCAAGGACCUUGUAAAUAACCUUGAUCCACUUACUGAAAUUCUCCUCAUUAGCUAUAUUUAUUUUAACGCUGAAUGGGAAAAACCUUUUGAUCCACAAUACACUAAAAUGGGCAAAUUCUUUGUGGAUGGGAACAAGGCUGUUGAAGUCCCGAUGAUGUUUGGAAUGGGCCUGUUCAAGCAUGGCUAUGAUGAUCAGCUGUCUUCCACUGUGGUGCAAAUGGAUUACAAAGGAGGUGCUUCAGCAUUUUUUAUUCUGCCUGAUAAAGGAAGAAUGAGGAAGCUGGAGAAAAGACUGUCUUGUGAACAUAUGUCAAGGUGGAGGUCAUUAGUCACAAAAAGCUCAGUAAAUUUGUAUCUUCCGAAAUUCACUCUUUAUGGGACAUAUGACCUAAAAAAUAUCUUAUAUAAAAUGGGCAUUAUGGAUCUGUUCACUGAUAAGGCUGACCUCUCCGGGAUCACUGGACAGCCCCAGCACAGAAUUUCCCAGGCUAUUCAUAAGGCUGUGAUAAAGGUGGAUGAGACUGGCACCGAAGCAGCAGCUGCUACAGGGAUGGAAAUAGUGCCUAUGUCCGUUCCAGUUACCAUUAAACUCAACAGGGCAUUCCUAAUGGUCAUAACUGUGGAGAACAAUAUACUUUUCAUGGGAAAAAUUGUGAACCCUCUGAAAAGAGAUUAAGUUAAUGUACAUAUUGUGUAUGUGGUGAUGACCACUCUUAAAUCAAGUAUUUGACCUAUUGAAUAUGGCAU